GCAGCUUCAUCUAUCUGAUCCCACCACUCAUAAAAACCAAAACUCCUAACAUCAAAGUAAUCAUUUUUCCCUUUUUCUAGUUGAUCCAUAAGCAUAUCCAGAUCCCAAUCAAAACUCUCUAAAAGAAAGAGGAAAAAAAAUGAGCAGUGACGAGAAAAACACAGCUGUAGUUGUAGAUCACCAGCAUAAUCAAUAUGGAACUUUCCAAGGAGUGGCCAACUACCCUCCUCCACCUCCUCCUCAGCACCAUGGCCCAGCUAUUGGGUUUCCCCAGCCUGUUCCGCCGCCUGGCCUCCAUGGGCCCUCUGCUCCUCCUCCUCAGUAUUAUUCCCAAGGUUAUCAAACCGUUCCAGGUUAUGCUGUUGCCGAAGGAAGACCUGUAAGAGAGCGUCGCCUACCGUGCUGUGGCUGUGGCCUUGGGUGGUUCCUGUUCAUCAUUGGUUUUUUCCUUGGGGCCAUCCCCUGGUACAUUGGAUUGUUUAUGCUACUUUGUGCGAGGGAGAGGAUGGACCACCGAGAGAAACCAGGAUAUAUUGCUUGCACAAUUGCUGCUGUUCUUGCUACAAUUGCAAUUGUCCUCGGUGUAACAAAGGGAAUCGACGAUUGAUAAGUUCUUCCUAGCUGUGUAUAUUUGGGAGAAUAAUGUAUACACCUUUUCUUGUAAGUUAUCAUUGUGAGAAUCUGGUAGAAGAAUCAGUGUGAACUACAUGUAUGAUCCAUUAGUGAUGUUUGUUAAAUUAGAACUUUUACAUGGAUUUAUAUUAAGCCAAAUAGAAAGUGCACAUUGUGUUAAGUUGUGAUUGAAUUGCAUGGUUUGCGAUAAAUGAUCUUAUAUCG